AUGGGCAUGGUGUGGGGCUGCGUUACUGACUUUUUCACCUACGAGACCACCAAGUCUGUGGUGGUCAAGAGCUGGUCCGUGGGCAUCAUCAACCGGGUCGUACAAGUGCUCAUCAUCUCAUAUUUUGUCGGCUGGGUCUUCAUCCACGAGAAAGCGUAUCAGUCGAUCGACACCGCCAUCGAGUCCUCCGUGAUGACCAAAGUAAAAGGCUUCGGUGUUCAUAACAACCGUGUGAUGGAUGUGGCCGACUAUGUCUUCCCCCAACAGGGUGCAGGUGUCUUCUGCAUCAUGACCAAGAUCAUCAUCACAGAAAAUCAGUUUCAAGACAGAUGUCCUGAGCUUGGGAGAAAGUUUAAAUGCACCACAGACGCAGACUGCACCAAGCAUUUAGGCAGCGUCCUGUCCAACGGGGUGAUAACAGGUGUUUGCAUUCGGCCUUACAACAGCACAGACGGUCGAUGUGAGAUUUAUGGAUGGUGUCCAGCUGAAAAUGACGAAGUUACAAUAGAACCAAUGCUAGAUGUGAACAACUUCACCAUCUUCAUCAAAAACAGCGUUCGCUUCCCACUCUUCGAUGUCACCAGAGGAAACUUUCCCAGUAAAAUGACUAGUGACAUGAUCAAGAGAUGCAACUACGACCGGGAAACCAACCCCUCCUGCCCCAUCUUUCGUGUGGGGGACGUGCUGAAGUACACCGGGCAGAACAUAUCUGCACUGGCAGAUAAGGGUGGAGAAAUAGGAAUAAACAUUGAGUGGAAGUGUAACCUGGACCUGGACAUUGAGAAAUGUGUACCCAGGUAUUCAUUCACACGACUGGAUGCACCAUUUGCCAAGAAUGCCGUCUCCAAAGGCUACAACUUCAGAUUUGCUAAAUAUUUCAAGACAGAGAAUGGGACUGAGUUUCGGACACUUCACAAAGCAUACGCAAUCCGCUUUGAUGUCAUGGUCACUGGCAAGGCAGGAAAGUUUGACACAAUCCCAACACUGAUCAGCUUGGUUGCUGCCUUCACCUCUGUUGGACUGGGUACUGUUCUCUGUGACAUUAUCCUCCUGAACUUCUUGAAAGGGGCGGAUCAGUACAAAGCCAAGAAGUUUGAAGAGGUGUCGAGUGCUCAGAUAGAAGCAUCUCUUGCUCAGAGCCCAGGCAGCCAGCUGUCACUCCAACCAGGUAUCAAAAGCUCCUACGACUCCGGAGCCAUUUCCCUCGCUGCCUCUGACCAACCUAUCUGACUGACGACGACAUGAAGAAAUGGACUUUCCUCUCCAACUCUUUCCCUUUUUGUCUUGUGACAAGAUUCUUUAUGCCUUUUCUGAUUAUCAGGAUUUUGCGGUAAGGUUGUCAUGAUACCAGAAUGUUAAACUUUAAUCAAAUACUAGCUUAAGAAAAAAACAAUAAUCAGUACCUCUUCCAAUACCAAAAAGAAAAAAGUCCUAUAGAAUAGAACAAAUGCAACAAACUGCACGCCGUGCUCGUACAGGAAAUGUUGAUGAACACGUACCAACACAUUUGUUAUAAUUUUAACAAUAAACAUUGCUACCUUUGGAAAAUAUUCCCUGCCUUGUAGGCCAGCCCGGUUUCAGCAAAUAUUUUUUACAUUUCUGCAAACCACAGAUAUGUUGAUCUAAAACACUUUUGUUGUCUGGUGAUGAAAAAUAUGUGUUAUGUGUUUGUUCAAAGCCGUAUACACUCACCGGCCACUUUAUUAGCUAGCAAGGUGUACCUAAUAAAAUAGCGAUGUGGUAUUUUGCUGCUCAUCUGCUUCAAGGUUGGACAUGUUGUGUGUUCAGAGAUGGUCUUCUGCAUACCUUGGUUAUAACGGUUAUAUGAAUUACUGUUGCCUUUCUAUCAUCUCCAACCAGUCUGACCAUUCUCCUCUGACCUCUGGCAUCAACAAGGAGGACUGGCCCUCACUGGAUAUUUUCUCUUUUCCAGACCAUUCUCUGUAAACCCUAGAGAUGGUUGUGUAGGAAAAAAUCCCAGUAGCAGUUUCUGAAAUACUCACAAUGCACCAUGUCUACAUGUCUUAAUGCAUUGAGCUGCCAUGUGAUUGGCUGAUUAGAUACCUGCGGUAAUGAGCAGUUGAACGGGUGUUCCUAAUAAAGUAGCCAGUGAGUGUACAUCUGCUGUUGGGAUGGCACCAAACAAUCCAGACUGGUUUCAUACCCCAUUUUUGGAAGUUGUUUUUUUGUAACCGUACCAAAGUUUUGGUGCCUAACCUUAAUUAAUCAGUUUUUAAACUGCUAAAGAGCGAUCAUCACGUUUACAAUGUCUUCCGGAUGUCAUGUGUUUGCAACCGGUUGAAAGCAUCACUCGUCACAUCACAAUGGUUCAGAACCGUUCAUAUUCAACAAGUAUUGUUUGUUGAUUAUAAUUCAGAGUAACUACUUCUACUCCUCAAAGAAUUGUCACUAGCACUUAUUGCUGCACUAAUGGCUCUUAUUGCACUAUACUUUGAUUGUUCCCCAUUUUUCCUGUAAGUCGCUUUGGAUAAAAGCGUACGCGAAAUGACUACAUGUAAAUGUAAAUGUAACUAUGUGGUUUGCCGAAAUGUAAAAUGUUUGCCGAAAUGUAAAACAUUAAUCCUGGCCGUGUAGGCCUUUGUCAUUUUUAAUGCUUUAAGUAUUAUUUAUUUUUUUCUCUCUAAUAUUGCUUCACUUGU